AAUAGCCAACCAUUGUUAGUUUCUGCAAGUCGUCCCUACUCCUCCGGAUGUGGUCAAGGUGACAGCUGGGAAUGAGUCAGAAGAGGGAGAAAAGCCAUUUGGGAGUGUUUUCUGAGAGUGCAAGUAAUGUAAUUUUUGAACUGAAAUCAACAUCUGAAAUUUCCAAAGAGCAGAAGUCAUUUCCUGGUCGUUACCCAUGCCCUAUGUGUUCAUAUACUGCAGACUAUCUUAGCCGCCUUAAAAGACAUCUUGUGACUCAUACUGGAACCUUUUCUGAAAGAAUGAAUAAUAUGCUUACACAAAUGCAUCCAGUAUCCAAUGUUUCAACCAACUUCGUAACUCGAGUAAAGGAAAAUAAUUCCUUUUUUGAACAUUAUCAGUGCCCCAUGUGUUCCUAUACUGCAGCCUUUUACAGCAUUCUUAAACGACAUAUUUUGACUCAUACUGGGGAACGCCCAUAUAAAUGCUCCAUUUGUCAUAAAGGUUUCACACAGAAGGAAAACCUGAAGAGACACAUGAUUACUCUUCACAAAAUUACAUUAUUAUAGUUUUUUUAAAUCAUGAAUAAGGUGAAGGAGAAAGUAGCAUUUUAUUUAAUAUUUUUGUUUUAUCCAAAAAAUUAGAAUUGUGCAUACAGUUGUACCCCCGUAUCCGCUGUUUCUCACUAAUAUGCGGUUCAGAGUGACACAGAGACAAAAUAUCAGUUGGUUUUUAUAAAUUGUCAAUUUCAAAAUGCAAGAGAAGUGAUAAAAUUCAUCACACUGGCAAAGAUUGAUUCUUCAAACACACACAGUUUCCAUACAUGUGCACUAUCUUUUGGCACCAAUGUAGCUAGAUACAAAAAAUGAAGAUGUUUACUGCAGAAUUUUAUAUGUAUUUUUAGGUUAAAGAAAACCCCUCAAAAUUUGAUGGUUUGAUUGAGUACCCUAACUUGAGAGUCAUAAAUAUGUUUGUGAGGAUUUUGGCUAUCACUGGUUGCAGUAUUAUUUGACUCACCUUUUAUUUCCAUAUACAUAAUUAUUAUUCAACUUUUUUUCUGCUCUUACUUAUAGCAUUCAUCUCAUUCUCAUCAAUAACACAUUAUUGCAACUUUCUUGCUUUUUAAAGUUUUAUUUACUUUAUUAAGAAUUUAUUUACAUUCUUAUUUUAUAUGGGCUUGAAAAUAUAACAGACAUACUGCAAGUGUGUUGAAACUAGUAUGCUAUUGGUGCUAGAAAACUAAAUAUUCUUUUCUUCUACUGACUUUUGAAGCUGUAUGUUAUGCUAUAUACAACAGCAUUUUUUUAUUUUGCCCUGGUUUUUCACAGAUUAAGUUAAAAUAUUAGAAUUCUUUAAUUUCAUUGUACAAGAGCAAUUAUAUUCCCAUACACAAUGUAAUUCACAUUAUUUUGUUUAACAAUAUAAUUUAUAAUGCAUUUUUGAGCACAGAGUUAUUAUAACAUUAUUUUAUGUUGGUAAAGUUUUACUUCCUUAGCUUAUCAGAUAAAUUUAAACAUUUUGUGUUACAUGAAUGCCUUGUUUUAAAUAGUUUUCACUAUUAUCUGCAGUUUCAUGUAUAUGCGGCUAUGUUUUGAAACCUGCGGAUACAGAGGCACUUCUGUACAUUGAAAAGUUGGCUGUAUUUCUUAUUAUGUUAAAUUGUACAUUAUAUAUAUAUAUGGGUGUGUGUGUGUGUGUGAUAAAUCUUAAUUUUUAAAAUUAUAUUGAGAUUAUUUUUUGAAGGAUUAGUUCCUAUAAAUGUGAAGAACAGUUUUUCUUACCAAGUUGUGUAGUUUGUGUAUUAUAUAUUAGAAAAAAUCAGGCAUCAAUUAAAUUUUGAAAGUCGUAUUGUAAUAUUUAAUAUUAUUUUUACUUUGAAAAUUACUUAUAUUUUUUAUUUUCCUUUUCUUUUCUCUCACUCCCCCUCCUGUAAUAUUAAUUUCACAAGCAACGAAAAAUUAAAUUUGAUGUAUAUGGAGUUUGUAUUCCUAAAAUGUUUUUUAACUUAUCAAAGGGCUAUUAUAAAAUAUCUCAGAAAGUGCCAUGAAAAAGGUUUUUUUCUUCCUUACAAAAAGAGGUUUUUUAUGCAGUUUCUUUUUUAUUUUAAAUUUUAUAAAGUUCCAAAAUUUGAAGAAAUUUGAAAUAAUAUGUGCAUCAUGAUGUCUUUUUAAUGAUUUCCAAUUGUGUUGUCAAUAUUUCAAAUAUCGUGACCUUAUAAUCCACAGCAUUAUUAAAAAACACUUUAUAGAA